UUCUUCUUCUUCUUCUUCUUUUCUUGUUCUUGUUCUCUUCCACCUCGCCCGCCCCUCUCCCCCCUCGCCCUCCGCCCGCCCUUCUCCGGUGAUCCUUGGGAUUACUGUCUCCGUAUCGCUCAACCGCUGCUCAACAGCCCUGCCCAGCUACAGACGAUAGCUUAGCUGAUCUCCCGCGUUCGCACAACCAACAUCAUUUUGUUUCAAGCACUGGCUGGCAUUUACUUGUCAAGCUCGGUAGAAGCAAAGGAUAAAGAAAACGCAAAAGAAAAACGAAGAGCAAGGAAGUGACAGGACCAGAUACAGAUAAAUCUCUUCUGUUCUACUAGCUUGGGGAUAUUGGCAUAUUGUCCGUGUUCCAUCCACCGCCCUGCGUAUAUCAGAUACACAAAGAUACACAGCGGAAAGGUGACGUACCAAAUUUCGAAACUACGGAAUCGGGAAAACUCGUUGUCCUUGCCACACGAUCAAUUAAAACGCUGCAUACUGCAUAGCAGUUUAGAGGUCCAAAAUCUUGACCUUUUACAUUGCCAUUUGCCUUUUCAUUGGCCCUGCUCUCCACUCUUCAUCUCAGCUCUCUAGCUCUCUUUUGAACUGUGGCUUUGAGUAGCCAUGGCAGCUCCAAAUCAGUAUGCGUAUCGAACGCAGAAGGGUAUUUCCAUCGUGGAUGCAGCUCCAGUCUAUGAGUCCUUACCCGGGUUUACGAGGCCGGAUGGUAACUUGCGCUGCUGCGCUUACUCUCCAUGCGGUCGAUAUUUUGCCUGGGCGGCUCCAGAAGGUGUUGUAAUUGUCGAUGCCUCUGUUGGCCACGUCAUUACUACCCUCCCGGCCGAUAAUGUCUAUGAAUUGGGCUUUUCACCCCUUGGCACAUAUAUUAUUACUUGGCAACGACCUUCGAAGGACGAGAACGGCGAUGCCGUCAAAAAUUUGAAGGUCUGGAGGGUCGUUGAAAACGCCCUUUCCGAUGAGGGUAAUAAACACGAGCAUUCAUUCAUCGGAAGCUACGUGCAGAAAUCCCAGACUGGUUGGAAUCUUCAAUAUACACCUGAUGAGAAGUAUUGCGCCAGAGUCGUCACCAACGAGGUUCAAUUCUACGAAAGCGGAAACUUAGGGAAGGUGUGGAAUAAGCUGCGGGUGGAAGGGGUAGUGGAUUUUGCCCUCUCUCCGGGAAAAAACAACUCAAUUGCGGUUUUCAUUCCAGAGCGAAAGGGGCUGCCGGCAUCCGUGAGGAUUUUCAAUAUGCCGCAAUUCAACUCUCCUGUUUCACAGAAGAACUUUUUCAAGGGAGAUAAAGUUCAGUUGAAGUGGAACAACACUGGCACGACACUUAUCGUUCUUGCGCAAACGGAUGUCGACAAAACCGGCAAAAGCUACUACGGAGAAACUACCCUCUAUCUCCUGAGCGCUAAUGGAGGGUUCGAUUCAAGAAUCGACCUUGACAAGGAAGGACCCAUUCAUGAUGUGACCUGGUCCCCGAACUCGAAAGAAUUCGGUGUUGUUUAUGGAUAUAUGCCUGCCAAAACCACCAUUUUCAACAAUCGCGCUGUCGCAACGCACUCGUUUGCCCUCGCGCCUCGAAACACCAUAAUUUUCUCCCCUAAUGGAAGAUUCGUGGUUGUGGCCGGUUUUGGCAAUCUUGCUGGGCAAAUGGACAUCUAUGAUCUGGACAAGGAUUAUACGAAAAUAGCUACGAUCGAGGCAUCCAACGCCAGCGUGUGCGAGUGGAGUCCUGAUGGCAAAUUCAUUUUGACUGCCACUACGAGUCCGAGACUCCGAGUCGAUAACGGAGUACGCAUUUGGCAUGUCGGAGGAGGGCUAAUGUACAACGAGGAUUUGACUGAGUUGUACCAAGUCUGCUGGAGACCCCAAUCUGCGACGGUUCACCCACCGGAAAACCCACUCCACCCAAUGCCCACUCCGCACCCCUCUGCGCUAGCAUAUCUAGCUACCAAGAAAGCGCCUUCGAAACCAGCCGGGGCAUAUCGACCGCCCGGUGCCCGCGGACAAACCACUCCGCUAGCAUUUAGACGAGAAGAUGAAGGAGGGGAGAAAUUUGUCAGGGAUGAAUCAUCAUCUACGCUCAGCGGCAAUGGCCCAAAUGGAUUUGGUAAGCCCAGACGGCGCGUCGUUCCAGGCGCAGAGCCCGUUGCGGAGUAUCUUCCACCUGGCGCCGCUCCGGGAGGCGGGGUAACACUCCCCCCUGGAGCUGAAGGGGAUGAGAAACUCUCAAAAGCCGCCGCGAAGAACAAGAAAAAGCGCGAAGCAAAGAAGGCAAGGGAAAUGGCGGAAAAGGCCGGUAAUCUGGCGGCCGAUGCUGGCGCAGAUUCAGGUAUCUCAACUGGACCCAGCGCUGACCGUCGGGAGCGAAGAGGUCACUCACGCAGUCGAUCUCGAGGAAAUACUGUUUCUCAGACGCUCGAUCCCAACAGCUUUAACCGCCAGAACCGCGACCGGAGCCGCAGCUCCCAUCGUAGACAGCGCAGCGAUCAUCAAAACCGCACCAACGGCGUUCCUGCCACGGGGCCUGGAAACCAUAAUCGCCCUAGUGUUAACACUCGUGCCCCAGCACCCAACAGCACAUCGGCACCAGCACCACCAGACGUGACUGUCACGUCUCCAAUGACUCCUAGUGGUGGUACGAUCCAAGAUAAAAAGAUCCGCGGGCUUCUGAAGAAGAUCCGCGCUAUUGAAGAGCUGAAGAUGCGCGUGGCGGGCGGGGAGAAGCUAGAGGAUACGCAGAUGAAAAAAAUCCGGACUGAGGAUGGGGUGCGGAAAGAGCUGGAAGCUCUGGGAUGGGCGGGAUAGAAUUACUCCUCGUAUCCACUUCCGCUCUUUUCCUUGUUUUGGGGCAAAAAGCACCGGCAGCUCUGGAAAAGUAGAUAGCGACUAUGGGCUACCAGGGCGAAGCUUUAUUUUUGGUACAAGUGGCUGUAGAACAAGGGGUGGCCGCGUUCCUCUCCCCCUAUUGUUGGAACACUCGCCAGUACGGUUAAAAAGGCCUGGAAUGAUGUGACUUUGGAUUAGAAUAUAAGACCGAAAAAAUCAAUAUAUAUUAUAUUAUACAUUUACCUGCACACCAGUUGGCGUGGAUCUUAGAGCAUUUGCUUUCUUUUACUUUUAACCUUUUUUA